CCCGGCCUCCCCUCGGCCUGCCUCCGGCGGCGGCGCGGCCCCGCGCCCCUCCGCGAGCCGGCGAGCGGCCUGCCCGGUGCCCCGGCCGGGCCGGACACAAAGGGCUGCGCUGAGGAGGGCUCUGCGCGGUCACAUGAAGCGGCGCAGCCAGUGAGCGCGGAGCUGGGGGGGGAGCGGGCCGCCGCCAUUGCCAGGCGCGGAGGAGCUGGGCAGCCCGGCGUCGCCUCGGUGGGCCCAGCGGCGCGGGAGAGCCGCCCGGGGCCGGGCCGCCCGCAGCGCGCCGCCGUGGGGAGCCAGGUUUGUGUUAAUGUGGAAGUGGAUCUCACAGCUUAAUGCAAAUAAAACUAAGGAAGAAAAGGAUGUCAGACAUGGUCUUCCUUGGUUUUGACGAAGGACCAUUGCGAGGAGCCCUGGACACUUGUUUAUAAAUGUACUUAAUGGACAGACCAGCAGUAUGGAUGAUUUGGAAAUAAAUCCUGAAGUCACUGGUGCUAAAGAAGAAAUCCUAUGUGAUGAUAAUUUCGUAUCUGAGGAAGACAGUGGCAUUCCUAAACCACAAGAGAGUGACACGUCAUUUCAGAAGAACAAUACAUUGACUCUGUCUGAGGAGCUCUCAAGGGACAGAUCUGAAAAAGCCUUAAGUGGAGGCCAGACUUCUUUAUUUAUUCACACUGGUGCUCCUACUGUUUCUAGUGAAAACUUUAUCUUGCCUAGAGGAACUGCUGUUAAUGGACCAGUUUCACACUCCACCUCAACCAAGACUUCCAAUAUGAAUAAAGGCAGUGUUUCGUUAACCACUGGACAGUCUGUAGGUCGUCAUACAGAUUCUUGCUCAACUUUGACAGUGGUUCAUGAUCUUCAGCUGCCUGCAAAGAGUACAACGCAGACAUCAAGUCAGCACCAAGUUUUAUUUUUGUUACCUGAUGUAGCACAUGCUAAGAACCUGACUCAUUCCAUUAAAAAUCUACCUACCUCUGCUUCAAUUGGUUGUGAUUCACCGAAAUCAGUAGGAAAUAGUGUAGACAGCACUUUAGUAGGCGAAGUAGAAGUUUGUGAGGAUGAUAAAAAUUUACUAGUAAAAGAUGAUUGUGUUGACACAUUAACAGGUGUUUCCUCAGGUACAAGUGGUUUCAGAUCAGGAUGUGAUCCCAGCUGGGAUCCUCAAAAAGAGUUUAUACAGUUUCUUAUGACAAAUGAAGAAACAAUAGAGAAGUCUCCCAUUCACUGUAAAGUAGGUCUAGAAAAAAAGAGAAAACGAAAAAUGGAUGUUAGCAAAAUAACACGCUAUACUGAAGACUGUUUUAGUGAUACCAGUUAUAUUCCCAGUAAAUCAAAAUUACUAAAUGUUGACUUCUUAGAGCAGAAUGAGGAGCUACAAAUAAUAGAACCACAAAGAUAUUCAUUGAGUAAAGUAAAGCCCGAAUCAACAGAUGAAGAGUUGGAAGCUGUUGAUGCUAUUCAGCAGCUGAUUUAUAGUCCUGCUAGUAACUGUGCAGAAGAUGCUUCUCCUGUUCACACUAGCACUUUUCUUUCCAAUACUUUAAAAAAUAAAUGUGAACAGAAUGAUUCUGAAUCACCAUCUACUUUCAGUACUGAUGAACCAUCAUUUUAUCCCUGUACAAAGUGCAAUGUGAAUUUUAGGGAGAAGAAACAUCUGCAUAGGCAUAUGAUGUACCAUUUAGAUGGGAAUAGUCAUUUCCGACAUCUCAAUGUCCCCAGGCCCUAUGCAUGUAGGGAAUGUGGACGGACAUUUCGAGAUCGUAAUUCACUUCUUAAACAUAUGAUAAUUCACCAGGAAAGAAGGCAGAAACUGAUGGAAGAAAUCCGUGAGUUGAAAGAACUUCAGGAUGAGGGUAGGAGUGCACGGUUACAGUGCCCACAGUGUGUAUUUGGUACCAAUUGUCCCAAAACGUUUGUGCAGCAUGCAAAGACCCAUGAAAAAGAUAAAAGAUAUUAUUGCUGUGAGGAAUGCAAUUUCAUGGCUGUGACAGAAAAUGAACUGGAAUGCCAUCGAGGGAUUGCUCAUGGAGCAGUAGUCAAAUGUUCAAUUAUCGGUAGCGACAUAUCCCAGAGGAAAACACAGAAAAAAGCAUCCAUGAAAGAUCCAUAUUUAGGAUCCUCAAAAAAGUCAUCAACGUACAUGUGUAAGAUGUGUCCGUUUACUACAUCAGCUAGAAGCAUUUUAAAAAAACACAUGGAAUAUUUGCAUCCAACAUCAUGCAUUGAUCCCUUUGGUAGCCAUCUUAGAUUAGAAAAAAGAAAAGGCAGCAUAAUUGAAGAAUCUUUAGAUUUUGGUAGCAGGACAAAACAGUUGAUCAAACAAUCUUCUACUUUUCCAAAGAACUCUGUUUUAAAACAGGAUGUAAAAAGAUCAUUUGGCUCUACUUCACAGUCCAGUAACUUCACAAAACUUCACAAGAGACCCUACAGGAUACAGAAGGCUCGGAAAAGCGUUUCGCAGUCAGCUGUAAGUGUGUGCAAUCUAAAUUCUACAAACAAGACCUUUUUGAUUAGAAAUAGCAAUGACCAGAAACCUAAGUAUUUUCAUCAAGCAGCAAAGCAGAAAGCUAGUGUCAAAACAAGCAGUAAUUAUUUGUAUAGAAACAAAUAUGAAAACUACAGGAUGAUUAAAAAAUCUAGUGACUCUUAUCCUUUACAUUUAAAAAAGGAAGAGUCCAGCUCUGUCGGUUCUUUACAUUUGUUUUCUUCGUCAAAUAGUCCCCAUAAUAAUUGUUUUGUCAUGGAUUCAAAUAAUCUUGAUUGCAAAAGGGCAGAAGGCUAUAAAGAUCGUAGGCAUGUAGCUGUUAAAAGAGUGGUUAAAGAAUCCAAGAGGGAAGGCUCUGUUACAGGAGAUGAUUUGGAUUGCUAUCCAGAUUUUCUGCAUAAAAUGACUGUUGUUGUUUUACAGAAACUUAACUCUGCUGAAAAAAAAGACAGCUAUGAAACGGAGGAUGAAAGUUCAUGGGAUAAUGUUGAACUAUGUGAUUACACUACACAAUCUGUGGAGGAUGAAUCUUACAGUGAUAUUAAUCAGGAGCAUGUAAACCUAUUCCCCAUAUUCAAAGGUAAAAUGGAAGAUCAUGAAGCUGGUGAUAAAUCUUCACUUAGUUAUGAGCAGAAUGAUGGCUUUUAUUUUGAGUAUUAUGAAGAUGCUGAGGGUAGUAACUUCCUGCAUGAUUUGCAUGAUCCUCAGAAUUUAGAAAAUGUAGGAUCGGCAUUGCCAAAGCAUAAUUCAGUUUUCCAUUGGACUGAUUUGUCGCUUGAAAAGAAGUCCUGCCCAUAUUGUCCAGCAACAUUUGAAACAGGUGUUGGCUUGUCCAAUCAUGUCCGAGGACAUCUUCACAGAGCUGGAUUAAGCUAUGAAGCCCGUCAUGUUGUUUCACCAGAACAGAUAGCAACAAGUGACAAAAUGCAACAUUUUAAAAGAACUGGAACAGGAACUCCUGUUAAACGUGUUAGAAAAGCAAUUGAGAAAUCUGAAACUUCCUCUGAGCAUACAUGUCAGCUCUGCGGAGGCUGGUUCGAUACUAAAAUUGGAUUGUCUAAUCAUGUGCGAGGACACCUGAAGAGGCUUGGCAAAACCAAGUGGGAUGCACACAAGUCUCCAAUCUGUGUUCUGAAUGAGAUGAUGCAAAAUGAAGAGAAGUAUGAAAAAAUCCUAAAGGCUUUGAACAGUCGCCGCAUUAUUCCCAGACCGUUUGUUGCUCAGAAAUUUGCAUCAAAUGAUGACUUUUUAUCUCAGAAUGUUAUACCUCUUGAAGCAUACCAUAAUGGCCUAAAGACUGAAGAUACAUCUGUGUCUGCAUCAGAGGAAGAAGGGCUGAGUUUCCUAAAUGAAUGUGAUGAAACAAAAGCAGUACUACAUGAUGAAAAAAAAAAUCAGUCACUUACACUGAUAGAACUUCUGAAAAACAAAAGGUUAGGAGAAGAAAGGAAUCCUGAUAUUUCUCCUCAAAAGAUUCAUAAUCAAACUGCAAGAAAGAGGUUUGUUCAGAAAUGUGUUCUUCCAUUAAAUGAAGACAGUCCAUUGAUGUAUCAGCCGCAAAAAAUGGACUUGACUAUGCAGUCAGGUAUGCCUGUGAAGCUUAGAACGUGUGUGCAUUGCAAUACGACGUUUACAAGUGCUGUUAGCCUGUCCAACCACUUACGCGCUUAUGCACGAAAGAAGAGUGCUGGACUUUUGACUGGGACAGCUUUAGACUGUAAGCAAAAGAAGUCAAGGUCAAGAUCUGGAAGCAAGAAAAAAAUGCUGCCAUUACCUCAUAGUGCUGAUGAAGUUUACAUACUCAGAUGCAGGUUUUGUGGUCUGGUCUUUCGAGGACCUUUGUCUGUUCAAGAAGACUGGAUAAAGCACUUGCAGCGACACAUCGUCAACGCAAAUCUUCCACGGACUGGAGCUGGCAUGGUUGAAGUCACAUCACUACUUAAAAAGCCUGCUUCAAUUACUGAAACUUCAUUUUCUUUACUGAUGGCAGAAGCAGCAUCAUAGAACAAGGAAACAUUUUAAAUUUGAAUUGGAUGUAAAUUUGAAAUACUUUGUCAUUUUUUAAAAAUAAAUUGCUACACUAAAUUAUGUUUAUAAAUCAUAAAGACAGAAAAAUAAAGUGGAUUACAGUAACAUCAAAAAUUGAAUACUUAACAGUUACAGUAAGUAGUCUUUAUAUUUUAUAUAGGGUGGAAGAUGUGUUUUUAAGGUUUAUUAUGUUUUUGUCAGUUACCGUGUUCACUAUCAAUACAAGACCAUUACAUGUAUGGCAGCCACUUUUAAAUUGUUGCACAUGGGUACUUAAAGACGGAUUUUAAUAAAAUUAAAAAAAAAAAAAGAAACCAUGUUCUCUGCAGUGUUACCCAAAUCAAGGCUCUGUUUAUUCCAAAAAGAAUUACAUAGUAAAAUAAGAUAUUAUUAUAUUUUGUUUGUAUGUAUGUAGUGUUUUGUAUAAUACCAAGAACUGCUAAUACAAUUUACUCAACUUAGGGCAUUAAAUAUCAUGUACUUCAUAGUUCAAGAGACUGUUUCAUUCAAAUAGGGCAAUUAGUACUAUUCUAUCUAGGUGUGUAAGUGUUUUUGUUUUUUUAAUCACAUGAGGCUUUUUGUACUAAAAAGUGGAGGGAAACUUGUUUAAACAAAUUUCUAAGAGAAAUAUGUACAUAAUACUGGAAAUUUGUGGUAAGGAAAUAUUCUUUACUUCAGUUGCAUUUCUCACUGACAAUAAAGUGGUGCAUCCAUGCUACCUCCUACUUGUCAACAAAGAUGGUAUUUACCCUUAUGUUUUUGUAUCAUAGUAGAUUCAAAUACAACUUUCUUUAUUACAAAGCAUCUUUUUGUUAACAAGUUUGUUUCUUUAUGAUGAUUUACUUAAAGUCUGACUUGCUUACAGAAGUUUGCCUCUCUACUAUUUUAUUUAACACUGUAGAAAUGUACUAAUAAGCAUUGCUCACUACAUGGUUUAGAGUAGACUUUUCAUUUAUAAUUCUGUUAAAAGGUUGAUCAUUUUAGAAAAUUCAAACACAUUGAAAUGUUUCUACAUAUGAAGAGAAUGUUUACAACUUAAAUUUUAGAGCUUGUUUUGGAUGUGAUUAUAUGUAUGAAAACUGUAACACUAUGCUCAUGCUAAGGACCUACUUACAGAAUUACUGAAAUAAAUGUGCUGUGAGGAUGGAAAUAUGGUGCAGGUGUCUUGGUCAUGAUGAAUUGUGUUUGUUCACUUAAACUGUCUUCAGAACAUGAUUUUUGUUUAAAUCAUAAAUCAGAUUCCUCUGCAAAUCAAUUUUGUAUGCAAGUAACAUUUCAUUUUGCUCAUAUAGGGUAACUAAUACUGUAGUUAAGCCAAGGAUAUGCAUUGAUAUUUUCUUUAUAUGUAAAUAAAGUUAAAAGCAGUUAAAACAAGAGGAGUAUUUUGGUAGAGUAUAUACAUACCUCACUGCCAGUGAAAUUGCUUUCCUAUGGUAUAUCUCCUUACCAGAAAAAUCUCUAAAUAAAAAGGUUUAAAGAAAAUCUAAAUGUCUAUAAUGUGAAGCAUUUAUUUGCAUUGUGUGAAUUAAGUUUGUGAAAUUGAUUUGUCUUGCUUGAGAUUAGAAUCGUCUCAUGAUCUUAAGUAAAAAUAUUUACUUGCAAUAAAAUGACGUGUUCACAGAUGCAUUACAGUUGAUUGGAAAAUAUGAAUAAAUAUCUGUCUUCCUGUAUGUAUACAGUUAAGAGUUAAUGCGUAGGACUUGUUAACAUUCUGGAAAAAUUAGAUGAGCCAGCAAUACAUGGUUGUACAUGAUAGUCCUGAGACAAGGGCAUCCUAUCUCUAUCAAGAUCUUUAGUACUAUGAGGGGUUUUACUCUGCAAGUUGCUACAGAUAACUUGAGGUUUGUUGUCCAAUUAUAUCCCUACUUUUUAAAUGGAAAAUGCACAUGAGUACACUUAAGGGCUGGGGAAGAAAUGGCUUUAGAAAUAUUGGGAUAGAUGACUAGUAUGUUGCAGUGUAUUGCAGACAAGUGAUAUGCGAGCAACUAAAAACUUGUCCCGCAAUCUUCUACAAAUCUAGAUGAUGUGAAGAUGGAAGAUUUGCAGCAAUAUGUUGAAAUGGAUAGAAGAUAGAGGGGAAGUGAUCAGAUCGCCUCAAAUGUUCAUAAUGCUUUAAUAGAGUGCUUGUUUACUCUUCUCACCAAAAAAGGUGCUUGUGAGAGCACCAUGUUCUGUGGCUGGUUAAGAGAUGAAAAAUUCAAUUAAGUGCAAAUGAUUUUAUUUAUAUAUAUAUAUGUAUAUAUAUAUGCCAUAUCAUGCAGAGUUUAGCAGCAACAAACUUGACUAGGUUUAUAAUAAUAAAUUUAGUGAAUUUAAUUUAAUUCAUUAAACCCAAUAGUGAAUUACUAUGUGUAAUGCUAAACAUGUAAGGUUGCAUCUGAAGAGCAUGAAGCUCUAAUCCUGAUUAUAGCUUCCAAAAUGAGAUUCUUUGAUUAGGAUCAGCUGUUCUCAGUGGCAGGCUCUCUGAGUGGGUGCAUCAGUGCUGCCUGGGUUUUUUAGCCAUGUGCUUUUGUUGAUGUCCUGCUAUGCUUGCAUCAGAUGCUUGCCAAUAUACGAAGUGUGCAGAAAAGUCGUGGAACUAUUCAGAUCAUUAAAUUAGUUCAUAUAUGGGUUGAAUGGUCUUUUUUUUAAAAAAAAAAGUCCAUUUAAGCUUUCUUUAGCCUAUAGGCCUCAAGUGGGGAUUUUUUUUCUUGGUUUCUGUUGCUUGGAAAUGUAAGUCUUCUCUCAGUACCUACUAGUAGAUAUAAAACUAGAGUUACGGAGAUUCUAAAUCUUGUAGAACAGAGGUAAUUAAAUCAGUCACUUUUUAUUAUAUUACUCUAACGUGUGGCAUAUUUAGACCUUGGAACUAGUGACUUGAUUUUUCUGAGGAGUCUUGUAUUUACUGCAGAUGCUGGAGAGGCUUAAUGGAAGUCUGUGCUAAAGGGCUGGACAGUUGGAAUUGCACAUAUAAACGCCAGUGUUAAAAAUCUGUUCAACUUAGCUAUAUUGUUUUGGGUUAAAAACAACAGUGGUGUGGUGUUUGGUGCCUUUUCUGUUAGUUUUUUUUCAUUAUUACAAUCUUCUGUCAUUCUGGAGUUGCACUUCGGCUAUCUAGCCUAGUUCCUGGUAAAGCUGUGGUAAGUAGCUGCCUCUGGAAAAUUAUAAAAGGAUUUGGGGGAUUUUUAGACAAGUCUGGUGAAGUGUAGUUCAACCCCUGCAUUUUGUAAGAAGAAUCUCUAUAUCCUCUAGCUCCAGUACUAUUUUCAAAUAGCCUUUUUUAAAAGAAAACCUAAAAUUAAAGCUCUAUCUGCAUUUCUUGAAGAGAGAUUUCUGCAGAACUUUUGGAAAGCAACUUGAAAGUACCUUUGGCCCCUGCUGCUGAAUGGUAAUGCGUUCAGGCUGUAUGCAUAGAAAGCUAGAGAGCGAGGCAAGUAGAUCAUGAGUGUCCCUGGGCAUUUACUCCUUUUUGCCAUAUACUGCUUCAGUUGGAUCGUGUGAACGCAUUAGGUGGGCUGUAUCCACAAGCCUAGGAUGUCCUGCUCUGUCUGCAGAUCUAGCUUAGGCGUGCUUGCCCAGGGCUCACCUUGGCCUGCCAGAGGUGCUAGGAAACAGAUCACUCUUCUUCAUGGGAGAUGAUGUGAAGGUGACCUUGUGUUAGCCUUGUUUCUGUGUUAGUUGCUAUUGUAGUAAAAGCUAUCGGGCAGUGAGAGCAAGCACCUUACCUUUGCAAAGACGGGGAUUUUAACAGACGGGUUUUAUGUCCUGGACCAGACUUUUUGCAGUUGAGCUGUAUGCCUAAACAAAGUCCUACCUUUUCAGCUAUGCUCAGGAAAAUCACCGAGGUCUGUCAGGUAAGUGCGUUGCAGGAAGAACAUGAAUCAGGGCUUAGAGAUGUGCAUACAUCCAAAGUUUUGAAAAUUCAGCUUCACAUGGCGGUUCCUAUGAAGCAUGUGACACUAAAUCUUUUCCUGAGCCACUUACAACUGUAGAGCAUCUUGCAUUUCAGUAAUGCUUUAAAAGGGUUAUUAAUUAUAUCUCUACAUGAUUCUGAAAAUCUAUAGAAGCUAGAGACCAUGUGGGCUGAACAAGUGUGGAAAAUUAACAGUGAAUAACAAGUACUUGCUUUUAACUAAAUCAUAAGGACCAUGAAAGAGGCCCAUUUAGUCAAGGGCUUAUAGUUAACAGAAUUUUCACUUUUAUCACAAUAGUUAAUGGGUCGAAUAUUUAAGCAUCAGUUUCAUAUUCCCAAAAUUGGUUUAUAAAGUUUUAACUUUGUUUUUAAAAAACUUACCUUCUUAGGGUAGUAUUUAUUAAGAGGUAGACUGCAUUAUGGUUUCAGAUACUCUGAUCCACCACGCUUUCUUUGUAGGUGGUGUUGCCUGAUAAAUGGUUAGCAAUUUCAAUGUAACAGAAACAUUUUGGCCAUGGUGCCUGGUCUGUAAUCUCUUGCAAUAAAGUGUUUCUUUUUAACCCUG